AUGUCUGUAUUUCCGCUGCAAUCAAUGCUGUUGAAUACCUUCUCGUCCGAGUCUUCAUGCUGCUCAAUGGACUGGAAGGAAAGCCCAGAAGCCCACGUUUUCAAGUUUGAUCUUCCGGGACUGACUAAAGAAGACGUGAAACUCCAAAUUCACGACAACCAGGUUCUCCAUUUAAGUGCUGACAGGAAAGAUGAGGAUGAUCAGGAAACUGGUGAGGCUGAUGAUCGAAAGCGUGGUGGUGGUGAGUAUAAGUGGCACUGCAAAGAGCGGAUUUGUGGUGGGAGUUUCCAGAGGGAGUUUCGGUUGCCUGAAGAUGCAUUGGUUGAUCAGAUUAAGGCUUCAAUGAGUGAUGGGGUGUUGGUUGUUACCGUGCCUAAAGAUCAUCAUUUGAAGAAGAAAAAGUUGAAGCACAGAGCAGUUGAAAUUUCAGGUGUGGAUGGCCGAAAUGAUGCUUCUUCUCCUAAAGGAUUUGGAAGGUUUGUUUGCUGCAAAGCUUAG